AUGUAUGGGGAUCUCCAACAUUUAAGUGAAGGGUUAGAAGGAAGAUCUAAGAAUCCUGUCUCUGUUCUUUUUGAUGCUCUUCUUCGGCCUGAAGCUGACUUUGGAUUAGAUUUUCCAUCAGUAGUCAGAUGGGAGCAUCACCCAGAGCAGAAAAUUGGACACGUGGUUUUAGGAAAAGGACCUGCAGGUGGAUCUUGGCAAAAGAUGGAAACAAGCACACUCACAAUAAGUCAAGGAUCAUGGAUGGAACUUCCUGGUCUAACCAUUAAAGAAUGGGAAUUAUUAAGAAACAGGUAAGUUAAAUUUCACCCUGACUUCUGAACUUAACUCUUGUCUAAUAUAUGAACAUUCGUCUUAAUUUAAAAAACUGUUAAGUUACAGUUUUUCAAAUCCAAAUAAAACGUUUGCUGUUUUGACUUCAUUUGGUUUGAUUGUUCAAUGUUUUUGAGCACAAAUAGUUCUCUGUGCUCUGCCCACCACGGACGCAGAAACCCAGAUUUUGGAGCUGAGCCACUGGGGUGGGGACUUCACUUCAUUUGAUAAACCCAAACUCAAUAUGAACAGUAAAUUAAUAUAAGUAGAGUAAGCUAACCUAGGUGUCGCUUUCCUUCCAUCGUUUUUUCUUCUGUUCUCAGUACUCUAUACAAUAUCCCAGAUGCUUUGAAUCUGUUGCCAAUCUAUUACAUCGGAUUGUUACGAUUUCUUUCUGUUUCUAUACCUGUAUUCCAUACUAGCUUGUCACUGUUAACAAAUGCAAAUACAUAUAAUAACUAUUACAGCUUGCU